AUGUCCAGAAAUUACAGACUACUGGUGAAGAACGCCAAACAGGUGGUUCUGAUCUGCAACAAUGGAGAGAAAUACCUGACGAAGAAUGGGAUGCAAAGUCUUUGUGUGAUUGAAAAUGGGAGCGUUGUAAUAGGGAGUGAUGGGCUGAUUAAAGCCGUGGGGCCUGCUGACACCAUCAGGACUCAAUAUCCAGAAGCAUCUUUUGAUAAAGUGAUCGAUGCAACAGGAAUGUGUGUCCUGCCUGGAUUGGUUGACGCCCACACCCAUCCAGUCUGGGCUGGUGACAGGGUGCACGAAUUUGCAAUGAAGCUGGCAGGUGCCACCUACAUGGACGUACACCGGGCCGGCGGAGGGAUCCACUUCACGGUGGAGCACACCCGAGCUGCAGAGGCCUCAGAGCUGCUGGCCUCGCUGAGCAGCAGGUUGGUUCGGAUGCAGCGGACGGGUACCACCCUGGUUGAGUGUAAGAGCGGCUACGGCCUGGAGCUGCAGACCGAGCUCAAGAUGCUGGAGGUGAUCGAGGAGGCCAGACGCACCCUGCCCAUCAACAUCUCCUCAACCUACUGUGGAGCCCAUGCCGUGCCCAAAGGGAAGACAGUUGCAGAGGCCACACAGGACAUUCUGCAGGUUCAGCUGCCUCGGCUGAAAGAACGUAUGUCUGCUGGGACUCUCAGAGUCGACAACAUCGACGUUUUCUGUGAGCAGGGAGUGUUUGACCUCAGCUCUACGCGCUUGAUCCUGCAGGCUGGCAAAGACAUGGGUCUAAACAUCAACUUCCAUGGAGAUGAGCUCCAUCCUAUGAACUCUGCUCAGACUACUGCUUAUUUGAUUGUGAGCUUUGUUAACUUGUGUGUGUAGUUGGGAGCGGAGCUAGGAGCCUUAGCCAUCAGUCACCUGGAGGAGGUCACAGAUGAGGGGAUUACUGCCAUGGCAAAAGCAAAAACCGCUGCAGUCCUUCUACCAACUACAGCUUACAUUCUGCGGCUGCCCCAGCCCCGGGCCAGAGACAUGUUGGAAUCUGGAGUAAUUGUUGCCCUCGGCAGUGACUUCAACCCCAACGCCUACUGCUGCUCCAUGGUGAGUGCAACAGGAAGGUGUGAGGUGUCAAGAAACACGUCUCUAUCCUCGGUUUAUGCGCUUCCCAUCUCUUUAACUUGUGUCCUUCCCCAGCCAAUGGUCAUGCACCUGGCCUGUGUCAAUAUGAGGAUGUCCAUGCCAGAGGCUUUGGCGGCUGCCACCAUCAAUGCAGCCUACGCCCUCGGGCGCUCCCACACACAUGGCUCCCUGGAGGUCAACAAACAUGGAGACCUGCUGGUCCUCAACGCCACACGAUGGGAGCAUCUGAUCUAUCAGCUGGGAGGACAUCAGGAGCUCAUCCGUUAUGUCGUCAUCAAAGGCAACGUUGUCUACGAUAACGACAAAACUGUGGACUUAUAACCAGGGGAAAAAAGAACGUUCUGCCUAUAAAUCGAUGCGCUGAGGCCGACGAAUCAAUGUUACUAUCUUUACAGUAUUAAUGAAUUGUCCACAGAGCAGUGUUUUUUAGAUAAAACAUCAUGUUUGAUGUCUCCCUAUCCAUGUAUCGCUGUUACUGUGAUGGAUAACAGAACUUAGGUCAACUUAUUCAUGGACUUUACAUAAGAGGAAUUUCAUUAUCAGCACAGAAGCAGGUUAAAUAUUUGGCACCUCAGAUGAUCAAAGAGUUUAUUGAUUGCAGUGAUCUGACCUAGAAUAUAUGUAACGUUGCAAUGACCUGACGCUCACCCUGCUUUUAUCUGUGUGACUGAAGAGUGUCUGUGGUGAAAGCAGAUAACAGAAACUACAGAAUAAAGAUUAAUGAAGCAAAAGAAAACAGCAGUAAUGAAGUCAAUGAGUCAGUAAUACUCGUUUUCAGCACUAUCACCUGAAACAAAACGUU